AGACCAGGGUAACCCAAAGUCGGAGCACACUGGCCAAGUGACGAUGAACGGAUUCGGUCAAAGCACAAAUGGAGAUGCGAACGCGGGACAGCCUCUCACAAACGGACCAGUGGUUGAGUUUGAGUUCAAAAGGAAUGCGAACAGUAAUAAUAAUAACAACAACAACUCUUUCGAAGGUGCUUCAAUGAAUAACAAAGCAACUUCCUCAGACUCAGGACUGAACAUAACUAAUCACCGCAGCCAGCAGCAGCAUCAUCUGGAGUCAAGUGGGGGGAUCUCGAAGUCCAGAUUCGGAUCUGAGACGGACAUCAUAUCGGACACGGACAGCGACUCCAGCUCCAAUGCUUCGACUGUGACUUUGACGCCAUGCACGUCGGAUAGGGAGGACGAGGACGACACAGGACACCACUGGACCUCCAGUGAGCUGGACCUGGAGGAAUCUCUGGCUAUAUCUUCUACACUAUCUUCAGUAGCAGACGAAGUGGAACAGUUCUCCAAAGCAGCCUCCAACUGUCUUCUCACCAACGGAUGUUUCGAUCCCGAUUUUCAUAAUGCAAACACCACUACUAGUUCUAAUAUUAAUUCAAGUAAUAAUAACAACAACAAUAACUCAGCCCCCAUCCCCUCAGUCAUAAAUGCCCCCUCUACUCCGUCUUCUUCUACGCCUCAAAUCACUGCUUCAGAUUGUGACGCAGCCCCCCUGCCUAAUGGAGUUGCAUGAUCAUUUGCUCCGUGAUUCAAUUGUUAUGUAAUAGUUAACGCGACCCAGAUUUUUGCCAUUAAUAGGACACAUUGGUUGUUAGUCCUUUUCCAGCGCCUCGCCAGUUUAUCCUUAAUUGUGCUGUAAAGUCAAAGGGCGAAUUAGAUUUUAUUGUGUAUUCAAUUUCAUCAAGGUGGUUUAGAUUAGUUACUUGACAUUUCAAAUCCAAUUAUAAUAAGUAAAUAGUUGACCAUGAUAACAGAGCUUCAGUAUAAAUUAACUCAUUCGAAUUAUGGGAGUUUUUUUGUCAUUAAGCCGGCAGUUUUGUACGUGGGAAAAUUGAAUGCAAUCGAUAUCCCACUAGAAGCGUUCAAAACGUCAGGUGUAAUUGUUGUCGGUCCAUGCUUAGAUAGUGAAUCGAUUUGUUCCUAAAAUGAAAUUUUGAAAAAACUAAGGACCGACGCAUUUAUUGGGACUUUACUUAAACGGCCGAAAAUAGAAGUUGGGAAAAAUUAAGUGAGAAUUUAUUGCACCUGAUUG